GCCACAGUUGGCAUGAAAUGUCACAGCACUGUUAUGCUGAGCUGAAGAUCGAAUGCACAUGAAUGUUAAGGGUAAGAAGGGGAAGAAAGGACUUUACAAUGAUAAUUACACAUUGAUUUUUCUCUUGUUUCUUUUCUGGGUAAGAAAAUUACUGUUUAAAAUAAUACAGAGUUUUGAGUGGAUGGCAAAAUGUACUACAGUAGCUGUUGUUUUAAUCAGGUAUAUAAACUGUUAUUAGGUACCUAUAUUAAGCUUACAUCAAACUUAGGAAAAAAUAUAAAUUUUCCAUUGGCAGUCCUCAGUCGUACAAAUAAAGCUAUGCUAUAACUGAUGGUGUAACUGUAUAUUAUCCUGGGUGGAUACAUCUUUAGUGCAUUACUCUUUGAAGAUAUCUGUUCUGAGAAAAAGCAGUUGUUCACUAAAGAGGAUAAAGAAUGAUUUAAGUGUUAUUUUUGACCUGGUUGAUGUUCUCUCAGCCUUGUGGUUAGUAUGGAGCUGACUCACUGAGAAUUCUGGAGACUUGUAGGCUGUAGUGGAGAAUACCAUCCAGAUGAAGGUCUAAAAAGAGAAACUCUGGAUCAAGUUUCUAAAUAUCACAUUUCUGCCCUGUUGCCAGUUUUAUCUAUUCAAAGGUGUGACAGUGAUUACUAGAUGAUUGUCUAUUUGACAAGGUCAGAUGAAGGAUAUUAAUGUCUAAAGUGUAAAGCCAUAGGGCUUGUUGUUCACUGUAAGAAGUAGAACUGAGUUGCAGUUGUAAACUGGCCAAGUUACGUAGCUUGCAAGAAAGCUGAGUGUAUAUAUGAAUUUUAUAUAAUCUGUUCAGAUUGAAACUUUUUUGUUUAAAAAAAAAUGUUGAUAAUUAGGUGUGAUUAAUAAAAUUUAACAUUCUGAUUAUAGCCAUAUGAAUUUCUCUAAGUUGUAUUAUUUUGUAAGUGCUCAUUAACUUGAAAAACUUUUGCAUUACUUGAGAGAAUAAAACUGAUGUCUGUUAAGACACAACUGAUGUGUACUGUUGUGACUGUUGUUAUUAAAGCAUUAGGCUGGAGUGUUUGUUUGGUAGAUUAUCAGAUAAGUAAUUGGACUGUUUUAGUUGUUGUUGUGGUUUUUUUUUUUAAAAAGAAAUGACUAAAGACUCCACCAAUCCAGAAUUUCCAUCUCACUACUAAGCUUUCAUUUUUCAAAAGUGAAACAACAUGUUUAUAUAGACUCCACAUUCUAUACAAAUGGAGAAAGCAAAAUGUGCUCUCUGAAAUACAUUAAGAAAAGCAUUUCCCCCUCAUUUGUUCUAGAACAGAAUUGAAUAGCUUGGUUGCUUUCAUUUCAUUUCAUUUUUUUCCUGCCAUCAUCCAGUGACACCAGAGUGAAGAAAAGGGCAUUUGAAGCAUUCUGGGGCUGAAAUCCAUGCAACUUUUGUAGGUGUGAUGGGGAAAGAAGGAAAGCCCAUGUUUCCAUCAGAGCACCAGGUGUUUUGCAGGUGCUGUUAUAUAUGCUUGUGACUAGAAGCGGUUGGGCUAGCAUGCUAGACCCCACACAAGGCUGCCACUAGAGCAGUAGCAGAGCUGUAGGACACUGUGACAUCCCACUUCUGUUUUUGUCAGAUGCAUCCCACUGGCAGCAAUGCAGACGUAAUAUGAUGAUGUCCUUUGCCAGUGGCUUGCACCUGUGACGGAGGCCAAAUGCAGUAUCAAGCUGACUCCUCCUCCUUUCCUGCUUUCAGUUCUACUUGAAAUAUGGUCUUGAGGGAAUCAUUUGCCUCAGACGUAGAUCUUAGGGAUGGAGUUUCUCUGGCCUGUGGCCCUGUACUCUCUGGCACUGCUUGGGAGGAAGCUGUGUGGGGCGGGCCUCAGGCCUUGUUCUUGUCUGGCCUCAACUUGAUCAUGUUUUGUACUUUGAACACUCAUAAGGUUGAUAUGGACAAGCUGUUAGGUGCACAGAUUGGCCUUGAGGAUUUUAUAUUUGCCCACAUAAAAGGACAACGAAAAGAAGUGGAAGUUCUUAAAUCUGAUGAUUUGCUUGGGCUUACCGUUACAGACAAUGGAGCUGGCUGUCCCUUUAUAAAGCGAAUAAAGGAAGGAAGCCUUAUGGACCAAACCAAAAUGAUCUGCGUGGGUGAUCACAUAGAGUCUAUAAACGGAAGAGAUGUGUCAGAUCUUCGGCAUUAUGAAGUUGCCAAAAUGCUAAAAGAUCUGGAGAAAGGUCGGGUGUUUAAGCUGAAGCUGAUAGAGCCUAUGAAGUCAUUUGAAAAGGUGGCAGCAAGGUCCAAAGGUGGGACUCUGACAGAGGCUAAAAUCUCCAGAGGGAGAGAAACACUUCGACUGAGAAAUAAAGGCCCUGCCACUGUGGAGGAAAUGCUGUCUGAAGUUGAAGAAAAAGCAGUAAAAAAAGUGGAUGAACUUCUUGAAACGUAUAUGGGGAUAAGAGAUAUUGAAUUAGCUGCAACAAUGGUGGAAGCAGGAAGAGACAAGAAAAACCCAGAUGAAUUUGCAGUGGCAUUGGAUGAAACUCUUGGAGACUUUGCAUUUCCAGAUGAGUUUGUCUUUGACGUGUGGGGUGCAAUAGGGGAUGCUAAACAAGGACGACUGGAAUGAGAAUUGUGAAGUGUACCAUUCUCAAUUCAAAAAUAUAAAAUGACUUUGAAAUAUGUAUGUCAGAAUACAAAUAUUUUUAUUGAUAUAAAUCUGGGGUGCUCUAUAUAAGUAUUCUUAUCAGAAACUUUAUUUUACAAAGGAAAGUUUCUAACAGAAAAAAAAGAUAAACCCAGAGGUCUAACAACUGCACAUUUAAAAUGAACAUUUAAUUUACGUGUAGAAAUCACUGAGAGGAGAAGGGUCAAGUAGAUGUAUUUAUACAUGCAUUUUAUGUACUCUGGUAUCUAUUUUGAGGAGUGAUAGAUAUAUACAACAAUAUUUUUUGGAUUAUCUUUUUUUUUUUUUUUAGAAAGAUUUAUGAACUUGAUUUAAAAAAAAAUAAUCAACAACACACUGCAGUUCUCUGAUCUGCUGGCUCUUAAGUAUUCAGGUAGGCCAAGAGCUGUACUGUUUGGCCUGGGUAUAGACUUUUCAGUAGACAGUGCUGAGAAGAAACCACCCUGCCUCUGGAGAACCCAAGUACAGGAAAAAGUACAUUCCUCUGAAAAAAAACCAAAAACCAUGACUUUAAAAUGAAAAUGACUUGCUCUCAUUUUUGAUCAUAACACACACUGCCUAGAUAUUUCUGAAACGAUUUAGUAGCAAUGCCUAGAGCGGGAAUCUGUUGCUUUAUUCAGAUGCCAUAUUAUCACAAUAGCUACUGCAUAAUAAGAAACAAAUGUUAAUUUUGAUUACUAUUCACAUAUUUGGAUAAUGUCUGUGAUCUGGCACUGGAGACUGUAGUACAUGACUAAAUGCUUCACUGAUCUUUGCAUGUAAUAAACACCUUGCUGAAAUCCUGUGAAGUUCCCCCUUUAUCUUGUCUGUUGUUUUUUUCAGAAUGGCAAUGUAGAGAUAUUUAAGAAGGUGCUCAAAAUCAGCAGAUGUAACUGUAUGAUCACAAUUGCAGUUUGGAUGAAAAUGAAUGUCUAAAACUUCAAUUAGCAUCAUUUUAUACUUUAGGAUUUCAACUUAUACUGUACAUAGAUGUUUAUUUUUAACUGGUAAUGUUUUGCUAAUAAAUCUCAGAUUGUUAAAAAUUAA